GUUCUAUUGUCCGCCUCUCUUAUAACCUCCCUUUCCACCGUUUCUCUCGUCUCUAAACCCCGUUUCUCAUCGUUGAGGACGACGACAACGACGACGUAGCCCUGAAGAGAUGUCGCAGCCAGGCCCCGCACAAGCGCAGGCGCAAGCCAAGAAGCACGGUCAUGCAGCGUCGGUAGCACAGCCUGCCCCAAGGAAGGUUCGGUUCAACGUUGGCACACAGUACCAGGUCCUCGAUGUCGUCGGCGAGGGUGCCUAUGGCAUCGUCUGCUCUGCUGUCCACCGUCCAAGCGGUCGCAAGGUCGCCAUCAAGAAGAUCGCGCCCUUCGAGCACUCCAUGUUCUGUCUGCGAACCCUCCGCGAGCUCAAACUCCUCAAAUUCCUUAGCGAGGCGGGUGUCAGCGAAAAUAUUAUCUCUAUCCUCGACAUCAUUAAACCGCCAUCGCUAGAGGCGUUCAAGGAGGUCUACCUCAUCCAGGAGCUGAUGGAGACCGACAUGCACCGAGUCAUCCGGACCCAAGAUCUUUCAGAUGACCACGCCCAGUACUUCAUCUAUCAGACCCUGAGAGCCCUCAAAGCCCUUCACUCCGCCGAUGUCAUCCACCGCGACCUCAAGCCCUCAAACCUCCUCCUCAACGCGAAUUGUGAUCUCAAAGUCUGCGACUUUGGCCUCGCUCGAUCAGUCAAGACCGCCGAGCCAUCUGGCACCGAAACAGGUUUCAUGACGGAAUACGUUGCUACACGAUGGUACCGUGCGCCUGAGAUCAUGUUGACCUUCAAACAAUACACCAAGGCUAUCGAUGUCUGGUCGGUGGGAUGUAUCCUCGCGGAGAUGUUGUCCGGAAAACCCCUCUUCCCAGGUAGGGAUUACCACCACCAACUCACCCUCAUUCUCGACGUCCUCGGCACACCCACCCUCGACGAGUUCUACGCCAUCACCACCCGUCGUUCCCGCGACUACAUCCGUGCCUUGCCUUUCCGGAAACGCAAGCCCUUCUCGCAGCUCUUCCCCAACGCCAACCCGCUUGCUGUGGACUUUUUGACGAGGACAUUGACCUUCGAUCCCAAGAAGCGUAUCACUGUCGAGGACGCCUUGGCCCAUCCAUAUCUCGAGGCAUACCACGAUCCCGACGAUGAACCCGUCGCACCCCCGCUCGACCCAGAGUUCUUCGAAUUCGACUUGCACAAAGACGACAUCAGCCGUGAACAACUGAAAGAACUGUUGUAUGAGGAGAUCAUGAGCUUCAAGCCUGCCCCUAUCACAUAA